GGACGCGUCCUGGUGCUCUGCGGCAUCAACCUGCUCAACUACAUGGACAGAUUCACCGUGGCCGGGGUGCUCCCGGAGGUCGAGGAUUAUUUCGGGAUCGGCGACAGCAGCUCCGGCCUCCUCCAGACAGUGUUCAUCAGCAGUUACCUGGUCCUGGCCCCCGUGUUUGGGUUUUUGGGGGACCGGCACAGCCGGAAGCGGCUCCUGGCGCUGGGACUCGCCCUCUGGACCGGGGUCACCCUGGCCACCAGCUUUGUGCCCCCCCAGCGUUUUGGGGCCCUGCUGGCGGGCAGGGCCCUGGUGGGGAGUGGGGAGGCCGCCUAUUCCACCCUGGCCCCCACCCUGGUGGCCGAUCUGUACCGAGGACCCGCCCGGAGCCGCGCCCUGGGGGCCUUCUACCUGAUGGUGCCCCUGGGGAGGUGA